UCAUCACUCCAUUCCCGGGGCCAAUCAGAGCGCCCGCUCGGCCCCCUGACGUCAGUCUCCUCUCCCCUCGUCCAAUCAGGAUCGUUGAUAAUACUGCACUAGUCGCCACACGGCAGCCUCUCACUCAGGUAGACGGACCCACAGCUGCACCAAGCCCAUCCCCACCAGCCAAUCAGAAUGGAGGUGAACAGUACGGCCACCAUCUUGUCCUCUGCCUUCCUGGCCGUGGAAUAUGUUGAUGCUGUUUUACCUGACAACCCUCUUCAGCCUUCACUACAAUACGCCUGGGGGUAUGUGAAUGAGAACUACACUAAAUUCCAGAUCGCCACCUGGGGUUCUCUCAUCGUCCACGAGGCCAUCUACUUCCUGUUUUGUCUACCUGGUUUCCUGUUUCAGUUCCUUCCCUUCAUGCAGAAGUACAAGAUCCAACAGGACAAGCCAGAGACGUGGGAGAAACAGUGGAGGUGUUUCAAGAUGCUGCUGUUCAACCACUUCUGUAUCCAGCUGCCCAUGAUCUGUGGAACGUACCACUUCACUGAGUUCUUCAGCAUCCCCUACGACUGGGACAGCAUGCCACGAUGGCCCUACCUGUUAGCUCAGUGUCUAGGCUGUGCUGUGAUAGAGGACACCUGGCACUAUUUCCUCCAUCGCCUGCUACAUCACCGCAGUAUCUACAAGCACAUCCACAAAGUGCACCACGAGUUCACUGCUCCAUUUGGCAUGCAGGCAGAGUACGCCCACCCAGCUGAGACAGUGAUCCUUGGGUCUGGGUUCUUCAUCGGCAUCAUGGUGUUCUGUAACCACGUGACGUUGCUAUGGGCCUGGGUCGCCUUCCGCCUGCUGGAAACCAUUGACGUACACAGUGGGUAUGACAUCCCUCUCAACCCUCUCCACCUGAUCCCGUUCUAUGCCGGAGCUCGUUUCCAUGACUUCCACCAUAUGAACUUCGUAGGGAACUACGCCUCCACCUUUACCUGGUGGGACAAGAUACUACACACUGACUCCCAGUACAACAGACACAUGAUGAGCAAGAAGAACCAGUAAACAGACCCUCACACAGACACACAGACGGUCACGCACACAAGGACGGACGCAAAUACUCACACAGACAGACACACACACAGAUAGACACACACAUGCACUUAUGAAUGCACGCUUAAACACACUUCAUGAAGGUCAGAACUGGACUCCUGAGUGUGCAAUGCCUUGUGGGAAAAGAACCCACUAAAAUAGAGUAGAAUAGUCUUGACCAAUAACAUCAGCCCUUGUCUGGUCUUGACCAAUAACAUCAGCACUUGUUUGGUCUUGACCAAUAACAUCAGCCCUAGUUUGGUCUUGACCAAUAACAUCCAUUGUUGGGGUCAAAUGCCAUUUCAAAUUCAGCCAAUUCAGGAAGUACACAAACAUUCCAAUUCUAAUUCUCUUCAAUACUUUUAAAUGAGGAACAUUUUGAAUUUGAAUCGGAGUUUGAUUCACUUCUUGAAUCGUCUGGAAUUGAAAUGGACCCUGAUAACAUCAGGCAUGUUGGAGGUCUUUAGGCUGGGUUUCUGUAGAAGCACUUUGUGACAUCUGCUCAAGCUUUAUAAAUACAUUUGAUUGAUUGAUUGAUUGUCUGGUCUUGACCAAUAGCAUCAGGCCGUUGUUCCUGAAUAAAAACAUCCUGGUGAGAUGAUUGUUAUUAAUAAUGUGUUUUUCUUCACUGUUCAUUGUAAUUAAACCAUUUUUUUACGA